AUGUCGCUGACGUGCAGGGUGCAAUACCUUAAUGAUGUUGAUCCCUUCGCGUACGCGAGUUCUUAUCCGGAGCCUCCGAGGCCGCCUGUACACACCUUCAGCGCGACCUUGCCGCUCAUCAACCAGUUAGCCGCGGUGCAUCGACUUCUCAGAGCACCUCACAGGAUCCGUUACGUACUUUCCAAAAGUAUAAAGGAUAAAGAUUUUCGUUAUUUCAUCGAUUAG